CUAAUGAAUUUUUCAACACUGGCAAAAUUAAAUGUUCUUUAAAUAGAGCACUCUCAUCGAAAUCUUGGCAGCACGUGCCAAUUAUUGUACUUACCCAACAUUGCAAAAGCUUUCAUCUGUUCAUGGACACGGAAUGUCAAUAUAUCAAUGGCACAUUAUUUCGCCAGUAUUUACAACUCGUUCGGCACGCAUCACAAACUGUCACUAACUGUACUCGAAAGCCGUACGAAAUGGUAAGAAGGCAUAUGUUGAAGUACGUAUUUCUGCCUCGUCUGGAGAACUUAGUAGAGAAAUACGAUCUUAUUAAGAUUGAGCUGGCGGCUAAUGAAAUUCAAUGUGAAGUUACUGUGAAGAUUAUGCAACUGUUGCCAGCCCCAAUAAGAAUGUGUGAGACCUUGAAAAAGCAACAGGAGGUGUGUAGGCUCAAUAAAACAGCGCCAGUCGAGGAUGAAUAGGAUACCUAUAUGAAGCAAUAAAUAAUAAAGGGUUUUGUAUUACUAGCCAGCUCACCUAA